AUGGCUUUACAUUAUUUUUUAAUCUUUGGUUUAUUUGUUGUUGAGAUAGCAGCAUUUUUAGUGUUGAUUAUUCCUUUCCCUUCAAGAUUUAGACGAAAUAUAUUACUUUGGAUAUCAAGAUCAACUUUAAUUGCUCAAUCCCAAUUUGUUUUAAAGAUGACUUUUUUUAUUGUUACUGUGUUGUUUAUAGAUGCUACAUAUGGUACUUACAAAAUACAAAAAGAAAUAGUUGACCGCUCUGAUCAAAGAUUAGCAUCUGUCCAUGCUGCUAAAAAAUUUUAUAAUCAACGUAAUAUAAUCUUGAAUCGAACAUAUAUAUUAAUAUUGGAUCUUACAAAAUCUGAGGGUCAACUUGAAUCUGCUAAAAGAGAGAUUGGAAUUCAAAAUGAAUCAGGUGAAAAGGGAAAAAAUUUGAAAAAAGAAAAUCAGGAUCUCAAAAAAGAACUGGAGGAACAAAAGCUGAAAUCACAAGAAACCGAGAAUUUGCUAAAACAAAUAGAACUACAAAAAUCCGAAUAUUUGAAGUUACUAGAUAAAGUAAAUGAAUACGAAAAAAUUUUGCGAUCGUCAGCCUAG